AUGCAUCAAUGGUUGAAGAAGAUCUAUGACAAAUCGGAUGUACCAGUCGCUGCUCAAGCAUGCAUCGUGCUGAUUUUCGCAUCAGCAUCUGUAUUCACCGUCGACUCCUUUGGCGACACUAUUGAUGCGAGUCAUCAAGGCUGGCAGUCGAGCGAGAUGUAUUUCAAGAAAGCGGAGAGCCUGCUCGCAAAGGAGACUGGUCCACCGCGGCUCGAGUCUGUACAGGCUAGAUUUGCGGCUGUUCAAUACUUGCUUGCAUCUUCGAGGCCGAACAAAGGUCUCUUCACCUUUGGAACUAUGAUACAGCUUAUGCAAGCUGUGGGUAUCCAUCGGCGACGCAGUUCUGGCACCAGUCCACUCGACUCGAUCACUAUCGAGAUUCAUCGUCGAUUGUUCUGGUGUGCUUUUACUAUGGACAAGUAUCUAAGCAUCAUUAUGGGCCGAAUGCCUCUGCUUCAUAUUGAUGAGACAAAUCAAACACUUCCAAUGGUUGUCAAUGACGAGGACCUCACUUCUGACGGCAUCCGACAACAGAGUUCUAUCACGGGCAGAGAUUGCCUACUUCACGCAACCCUCGCUCUUGUCGAAAUUGGCAUCAUUUUGGCCAAAGCCUCGCAAGAACAACAUCGUCUUCCCACUACAACAGAUCGCUCUCACGUUGAGGCAGCAGUACGGAGGAGUGGAGAAAUUCGCGACUGGCAUUCUAAACUGACGCCUAUACUAUCAGGGGCUAUCCACUCAAGCAGCCUGAUACCGUGCUUCCGCCGUCAACACUCCGUUCUUACCCUAGCACGCUUGCACGCGAUCAUGUUUAUUACCCGUCCACUACUUCUCCGUGAUCUCUCAGUUGGGCUCCCAGCAACAGAGGCUCAGCAAUAUCGAGAUCAAUUGCGCGCUUGUAUCUUCGCAGCACGAGACGCAAUUGAGAUGAUCAACGGUUCAGCACGUUAUCGAGUGCUCUACCCUGCAUUCUGGUUUUCACAGUACAUCGCCUUCUCCGCGAUUUCAAUAAUUCACAUAUACAUUAUUCAGCAGAGCAGACAGCGCAUUCCUACUGAUUUGUUCACCACCAACUCAACUGAAAGCACCACGAUGAACAGCAAGAGUCUAUUCCAGCUGGCACUUGAGGGUCAAGGUCAUCUCGCUGAGGCGGGAGUCAAAUCAGCUCCAGUCUGGCGCUAUUCACCAAUCCUGGAGGGUCUCUCUGCCGAAACAGGCAGAUGUACUGCCUCGCAAGUAACGGCAACACACGAGAGUAGAGCCUCGGUGGCUCAGACGGCACAAAUGUCAGUGGCCGCAAACCAACAUCACUCCAUGCCCAAUUCGAACAACAAUCGAGAGCCAGCCAGUGCACCUGAUCACUUCGCUAUUCCCUCUUUCGAGCUAGAUGCCAUGUGGAUGAAUGGGCAUGAGAGCUUAUUCGAUGACCUGAUCGCCGACAACAUGGAUAACAACAACUUGACAAUGGACUUCUGGCCGCAGUUUGACAACUUGCCUAUCGGAUGUGGAUUCCAAUGAAUGUUCUGACUUGAACAUGUAGAUUGAUGUUCAUUUUGAAUAUGUAUCCAGAUGGUUGUGGAUUGAGCUGCUUAUCUGCAUAACAAAAUGCCCUAGUUUCGUCCGGCUAAUUAGAUUGAUUCUUCCGCAAAUCCUCCCGACCAUCCGGCC